AUGGGUGCUAAAGCUCUCUUCUUCUUUGCUUUGUUAUCCUUCUCAGCUGUGUCUUUCAGGCCAGCUCUUGCAGAAACUGAAGAAGACCCUGGUCUUGUUAUGAACUUUUACAAGGAUACAUGCCCUCAAGCUGAGGACAUUGUCAGAGAACAAGUUAAACUUCUUUACAAGAGACACAAAAACACUGCAUUUUCUUGGCUAAGAAACAUCUUCCAUGACUGUGCUGUUAAGUCAUGUGAUGCUUCACUGCUGCUGGACUCAACAAGGAGGACCUUGUCUGAGAAGGAGACAGACAGGAGCUUUGGCCUCAGGAACUUCAGAUACUUUGACGAUAUCAAAGAAGCUGUUGAAAGAGAGUGUCCUGGAGUUGUUUCCUGUGCUGAUAUUCUUGUCCUGUCUGCUAGAGAUGGCAUUGUUUCGCUAGGAGGACCUUAUAUCCCUCUCAAAACUGGAAGAAGAGAUGGCAGGAAGAGCAGAGCAGAUGUGAUUGAAGAACACCUCCCUGACCACAACGAAAGCAUAUCUGUUGUUCUUGACAGGUUCGCUGCCAUGGGCAUUGACACCCCCGGAGUGGUUGCCUUGCUAGGAGCUCACAGUGUUGGUAGAACCCACUGUGUGAAGUUGGUUCACCGUUUGUACCCAGAAGUUGACCCAGCACUAAACCCUGCCCAUGUCGAGCACAUGCUUCACAAGUGCCCCGAUGCAAUCCCAGACCCUAAAGCUGUCCAAUAUGUGAGAAAUGACAGAGGCACGCCCAUGAUUCUAGACAACAACUACUACAGAAACAUUUUGGACAACAAGGGCUUGUUGAUAGUUGAUCACCAACUAGCCAAUGACAAGAAGACUAAGCCCUAUGUUAAGAAAAUGGCCAAGAGUCAGGAUUACUUCUUUAAGGAAUUUUCUAGGGCUAUCACCAUUCUUUCUGAGAACAACCCACUUACUGGCACCAAGGGUGAGAUCAGAAAGCAGUGCAAUGUCGCCAACAAGCUCCACUAG